AUGGAAUGCAGACACGACAAGUCUAACGGCUCUGCCAGUGCACGAGACAGCGAGCCGCUGAGCUCCGUCAUCACCCAGGACCACAGCAACACAGCAAUGAAGACCGGGGCGGGCCGGCCAGUGGGGGACCGAGAAGCUCAGGAGGGAGCUGGGUUCCCAGCCCGGGGACCCCCGCCGGUGCGCGGCCUCCGGGGCCUGGGAGAGACUGAGCCGCACCCUUUCUCUGAACAGAUGGCGGGAGGAGCGGCCGGGAAGGCCGAGUGCCCACUGCGCGCCUCCAGGGCCUGGAGCCCGCCGGCGGCGCCUGUGCACCCACACGCGCGGCCUCGGGAGACGCUGCUGCGUAGGCUCGGCGCCACGGACGCCCAGCAGGAGGACAAGUUCGCCAGCAUCCUGAGCGCGGCCGGCACGUUUGGCACCUUCCAGCGGCGGCUGGUGGCCCUCACCUUCAUCCCCAACAUCCUCUCGGCCUUCUUCCUGUUUCCCGACCAGUACACGCUCACGGCGCAGAAGCCCUACUGCAACACCAGCUGGAUCCUGGCCGUGGGCCCCGACCUGUCGGAGGCCGAGCAGAUGAACCUCACGCUGCCGCGGGCGCCCGACGGCAGCUUCCUGACCUGCCUCAUGUACCUGCCGGUGCCCUGGGACCUGGCGUCCAUCAUCCAGUUCGGCCUCAACCACACGGGCUCCUGCCAGGACGGGUGGAUCUAUCCUCACUCCAAGAAGCGCUCGUUGAUUAAUGAGUUCGACCUGGUCUGUGGCAAGGAGCCCAACAAGGACACGGUGACCACCAUGGUGCUGGCGGGCCUCCUCAUAGGUGCUCUUAUCUUCGGCUUCUUAAGCGACAGGCUGGGCCGCUACCCCAUCAUCCUGCUGUCGCUGCUGGGCUUCAUCGUCUUCGGCUUCGGGACGGCUUUCGUGAGCAGCUUUUACCUCUACCUGUUCUUCCGCUUUGGUGUCUCGCAGGCCGUGGUGGGCUACGCCAUCAGCAGCGUGGCGUUAGCCACCGAGUGGCUGGUGGGUGAGCACCGGGCCCACGCCAUCAUCCUGGAGCACUGCUUUUUCGCGGUGGGGUUCAUGUUUCUGACGGGGCUGGCGCACAGCACCCGCCACUGGCGGCUGCUGUUCCUGAUGGGCGGAGCGCCCAUGUUCCCCCUCAUCUCCUGCUUCUGGGUCCUGCCCGAGUCCCCUCGCUGGCUGAUGACCAGGGGGAAGGUGAAGCAGGCCAAGCAGGUGCUGUGCUACGCGGCCUCCGUGAACCGCAAGGCCGUCCCCUUCAGCCUGCUGGAGGAGCAGCAGCUGCCCGGGAAGAAGGCGGCGAAGGUGUCCGUGCUGGACUUCUACAGCAACAAACACCUCUGCAAGAUGACCCUGGUCAUCAGCUGUGUGUGGUUCACCAUCGCCUACAGCUACUUCACGCUGAGCCUCAAGAUGCGAGACUUCGGCGUGAGCCUCUACCUGCGGCAGGUGGUGCCUGCCAUCAUGGAGGUGCCAGCCCGGCUCUGUUGCAUCUUCCUCUUGGAGCAUUUCGGCCGGAAGUGGAGCCUGGCCCUGAGUCUCCUCCAGGCCAGCAUCUUGUCCUUGCUUCUCAUCUUCCUGCCCCAAGAGCUCAAGUCCCUGAUGGUGCUGGUCAUCGUGCUCGGAGAGUUCAGCCUGGCCACCACCGUCACCGUGUUCUUCAUCUACACCGCGGAGCUCUUCCCCACCGUGCUCAGGGCGACCGGCCUGGGGCUGGUGUCUCUGGCCUCCACGGCCGGGGCCAUCCUGUCCUUGGCCAUCACGAGCCGGGUGCCUCCCAUCCUGCCCGCCUUCCUCUGCUCCCUCGCGUGCGCCCUGGCCUUGUGUUUCUCCUCCCUGCUGCCGGAGACGCAGGGGCAGCCCCUCUGUGACGGCCUGGAGCACUUCCUACAGACCAGCUCCCCGAAGGACGUGGCUCAGGACCCCGGCAGCAGAGCGAGGCAGAAGAGCCAGGACACGCUGACCUCGGAGGACACACCGUCCGACGACGUGUCGGAGGAGGCGGCCAAGAACGCGCUGUUCAACGCCCAGAUGCUGAAACUGGACCCCUCCCUGCUCACCAGCUCGGGCUCCGAGGUGUCCCAAGGCCGGCCAGCCUCGGUGGAGUCCAUGUCCAUGGCUGAACGAGGGAACCCGGGAAACAUCACUUCACGCCUGGUGGAGAACGAGAAGGCCAGAGACUGCCUGAUUCCCAUGGGGAUAACCUCGGAGAACGUGGCGGAGCGGUUCGGCAUUUCCAGGGAGAAGCAGGACGCCUUCGCGCUGGCCUGGCAGCAGAAGGCGGCGAGAGCCCAGAGCAGGGGCUGCUUCCGAGCCGAGAUCGUGCCGGUGACGACCACGGUGUGCGAUGACAAGGGCCGCGGCAGGAGCGUCACAGUGGCUCAAGACGAGGGCAUCUGCCCGGACACCACCAUGGAGGGCCUGGCCACGCUCACAGAGGGGACAGCUGGGGGCCUGCAGGCCAUACGGGCCUACAGGGUGGUGUCCAUGUGCACUGGGACCAGGACAAGAGCAGUUGACAGUAGCCCAGCGCGGGGGCCAGCAUCGGAGGAGGGGCCCAGUGAAGGCCCUGCGCUCAUGGGAAGACGUGUGCCUUGA